UGUGGGAUUUUUGGUUGUUGUGAAAAUGAAGUGCAAACCAUCAGUGAAGACUUUCGUUGAAAAUACACCAAAUUUACUAUUGUAUCGUCAUUUUUACGAAUAAGCAAUAAGCGGAAAGGACUAAAGUACCUAUAUAGUGUGUAAACCGUGCAUGAAAAGGAAUAUUACGUGGAAAAAUGGGAAAAGGUAGCAAAAUACCAGACAGGUGGUUGGAUUAUUCCAACGUGGGUCGCCCAAUUGAAGGAACACAGUUGAUAGCUUUCAAAACACCUCUGAUGCAGACCUAUAACGCCAAAUUAACAGAAUCAACCAUAUUUACUCCCGAUAAUCUUGUGGAAUUGAUCCCAAAUCUUGGUUUAAUCAUUGAUCUGACUGCCAGUUAUAGAUACUACGAUCCAAAAAAGGACCUCACUGCAGAUGUUGAACAUGUUAAGCUGAUAACUCAGGGACAUGUUGUUCCAGAAGAGCGCAACGUGAGCAAGUUCAAGAAAAUUAUAUCAGAUUUUGUGGCGGACGAUAAAAAUGCAUCUCUGUUGGUGGGCGUUCAUUGUACGCACGGAGUUAAUCGGACGGGGUAUAUGAUAUGCAGAUACCUAAUGGAUUGCCUGAACUUGCAAGCAGAAGAUGCCAUAAAGAGAGUUGAAGAGGCUCGUGGUCAUUCAAUUGAAAGGAAAAAUUAUACGGCGCGAUUGCGUUCUUUGAAUUCUCAGGAUGCACAGGAAAUUGACUAUGCAAGGAAUUCAUGGAGGAAUCGCGAUUCUUCGCUCUCGACGAGAUAUUCCGACUGGAGAACUCCAUCAAGCGGUGCUGUGUCUAGAUCCUAUCGUGAACGUGAGUACAUCACGCGCAGAGAUUACGAUAGAAUCAGUGUCAUCAGGAGCACUUCAUGGAAUCAACCAAACAUGUCUUGGAGAAAUCCUAAUGUCUAUGGUUUCAGAGAUCAAAGCUCACGGUAUUCAACUGAGAGGCCGUCUUAUAGCAGUAGUUCAAGGUACAAUGAUUAUUUGCUGCGCAAUGAUCAUCCUGACUAUUCGAGGAAUAGAAGAUAGUGACUACUAGAUAAUGCUUAUAGUGCAAAUGAGAUGGUGUCUCGUAUAAUGCGAGUGAAAUAGGGCAGCGCAGCAGAAGAAAGCCCUGUCUCGAUAUCGCCCAUGUCUAAGUAUCAAAACACGAGAAAACAAAAAGGCAUUAGAUCGGAACUUUGUGAUAAAGAUCAUGAGAUUUUCAAUAAAUUAGAUGGGCAUAUGCCCAAGUUGUUGAAUACAUGAGACUCGAGCCACCUGUUUCCCACGAAAAUAUUUUAAGGAUCCCCAAAGCCAUUUGUGCUGAUUUAUGAUCAAAUUAUUUCAUAUUUGGAGCUCUCGCCGGGCCUUCGUUUCACGACGAAGUGGAAUGUUUUUAAAUAAAGUGGACAGCAAUUAUAGUUGAGUAAUUCAUCAAAAGAUAUUUAAGUAGACAUUUUUUUAUAAUACAUAUUUAUUUCGAGCCAUGAGCUGUGAUGUUUUCUACAGAAAGGUUUAUUCAUUGCUAAUGAUCUGUUUCUAAUUAGGUAUUGCUAAUACUGUAUUGAUAAGCUAAGAGAUGACAAACUAAUCACUAAUUUCACACACUUUCUAAGAAACUCUAAUUAGCCAACAAUCUGAUGAUUUACCCUCUCAUUAAGUGAUAUGAGUAAUACCGAAAUCACACAGAAAUUUUCUUUAUCAAUAUAGAUCAAUAUAUAUUGGCCUGAUUUGUGACGUAUUGCAAAUAUUUUCUAUAUCAUAAUUUAUCGCGAAAAAUUGCGUUCUUGACAUCGGAAGUUCAUUGAACUUUGUUGAUAGAAGUUUAACAUUCUAAAUAUGCUAAGCAGUUUGCCUUUAAUAGUGUUAUCUUCCCGCAUGCCAUUGAGCGACAUUUACCUUAUGUUUCCAGUUGCAUGAAUUCUCAGAAUUGCCUCUGGUAUUCGCCGACGUGAUAAAUAGCGACCCUAUAUGUUAUGUUUUAAUUUAAUAAGGCAGAAGACUUCACAAAGGGAUGUUUCACCAAAUUCACGCCAAGCAUAAAAUAAGUGAAGGAA